AUGAAGAAAGAUAUCGGCAGUGAAGAAGAUGGUCACCAGGUGUCUAGUGAAAUUGAUUCUGCCUCGGAUUUUAGAACCCCAAGUUGCCCACCGUCUCGCUCGGAGGCCUCCCUCACUCCGUACUCCACCCCCCGUACCCCGCUCCACUUCUGGAGUUCUCCAGUCGCUGGCCCUCCCAACUGUACCAUGACUGCACCUGUUAAAGGAGUGGGCAAUAGACGCCCUCUCACUGAGCAGAACGCCUCUCUCUACACACCAGGUGUUAGGACAGAGGUGAAGGCCAGAGCUCCAGUGGCCACUCCCUCAGCUCACAAGAACUUGAGUCGCAACAGGAAGACAAUGGCACGUGAACUCUACACCCUCUUCAACCACUCCGUCUUUGGUGACAAGGUCUCACGUGAUCUUUCUUCUUUUUCCCUUGAAAAGCUGGCGCCUGACAUGGAGUUGCUGUGGAACACAAAGUUGAGGACCACAGCUGGUUACUGCCGCAACAGCGGGUUGAAGAACACAUUGAUCCAUGAGAUGUGCCACGCAGCUGUCUGGAUCAUUGACGGCAUCAAAGACGGAUGUCACAGGAGACACUGGAGAGCAUGGUCCUCAAAGGCAAACUCUGUCCACCCUGAUCUGGACCCCAUAACUCGUUGCCAUAGCUACGACAUCUCGUACAAGUUCCACUACCACUGUACUCGCUGUGACUACAAGCUAGGAAGACACUCGAAGUCGGUAAACCUUACAGAUGCAAGGUGUCCCUAUUGCCUGAGUUCCCUGAGACUGGAUGGCCCAGCAGGACCAGCGAAGAUAAACCGCUACGCCCAGUUUGUCAAAGACCACUACUCAGAGGUGAAACUGCGGACUCCAGUAGGGGGACACAAGGCAAUCAUGGAGAAAAUCAGAGAGCAGUACCACAAUUCCUGCCCAAAACAAUGA